AACAAAUUUAUUCUCCAUAAUUUUUUUUUUUUAAAAAAAAAAAUCGAAGAAAAACCCUCGCUUUAGCUUCUGGAAUCUAAUUCGUCACAUUUCCAUGACAUUGUUGGUCGGAUUGAGCCAACAAAGCUAGAUUUGGUCAUUGUUAGUCGUAAUUUUGUGGAUUUUGGAUAGUCUUCAACCUAAAUGCUUAUAAUUUUGUCGUAUUUCGAUGAAAGCGGCUCAUUGCCCAUUGAUCUUAUACGCCUAUUUUUGUUUGUGCAGAAUUUUAUACUUAGUUUAGCGAUCUUCUUCUUUUUUCUUUUUUUCCUUCCUCGAAUAGUUUGUUGACGAGUUGAUUUUGCAAUGAGGGUCAUAUUGUGCUCUUUGGACAUGCUUUGAUAUGAAAAUAUGGUGUUGAGGAAGAGAACCGUGAUGGUUCUCUCCUUUGAUUUACAGGGCUUCAUUCUCCGUGCUCGAGUCCUGAAGCUUUACAGGCAGGCGCUAAGGACUGCUGGGAGAGCCCCUGCUCAUGCUAGAGAAUUGAGGCAGACGAUUAGACGGGAGAUGGAGAAUAACCGGAACUGCAACGACAAGCAAAAGAUUCGUUUCUUGAUUAGUGAAGGAUUAGAGAGAUUGAAAGGUCUGGAUGAGAUGCUCGAUAUGCAAGGUCGCUGUUAGUUGUUAUUAGAGGCUGCAUUUGGUCUCUUUUGUAUGCCUUUCCUCUUGUAAACUUCUAUAGAUUUUGUGCCUUACAAAUCC